CUCACGCUCCGUACCUGAGGGGGGCUCGUCCUCCACCUCCCCGGCGCCUUCGCUCCGCUUCCGUCGCGCGCGCCCCCAGUUCCCGUGCGCACGCGUACCUGGCUCGCCUCUCUCUCUCGCGGGGACUACAGCCGUGCGUGCGCAGCCACGCACGUAGCGACGCGUAUGUCCACCUGCCCACCGUACAGGGCGCGGAGCAGACGCCUCUUCCUGGUCCAUCCGCGCCGCGCAGGCGGCGCUGGAAGGUUGCUGAGCUCUCCUGGCGUAACCAGGAGCCGGUUUUCGGGGAGUCUCCUAGGUCGGGUCCUGCUGCUGCAGCCUCUCCGGAGAGAGCAGUUCUGUCCGGGACUGUUGACUUCAUCCCCCAACCCAAGAAAUUGAACAUUUUCUUCCCUCUAUGGAAAUCCAAAGAGUGCAAUCAAGUUGAAGAAACGUUUCUGCUACUUACAAAGGUACCUGCAAACUAUAUUUAUUCAACCAUCCCAAUGGGAUUUUCCCUUGGUAAACCUGCUACUCAGGUAUCUGCUAUAUGUAUGGAUUCAAAAGUGGAUGAUCAUUUGAUGCGACGGACUGAGAAAAGCAAGUUGGAACCAGUGUUAUUUCAAAACACCAAGAAAAUAAGAUUAGAAGACACAAACCAAGAAAACUUUACAAGAAACAAAGAGAUUUCAGGAUGUCUUUCAGAGAAAACCUUGGGUUCUGUCGUAUAUGUUAAAGAAAGUGAUGGAAUAGAAAUGACAGAUGUGGAAUGAAAUAUUUGUACCUACUGCCAAAGAAAUGAGAAUUUGCUUUUGACUAAGAGAACAUGUUGAAUGACAACUUAACCUUAUUAGGAAAACCUAACAACAUGAAGAAAGACAAUUGCAUAUUUUUCACUAUUUAUGAAUCACCUUAGACUGGACUUUUUAAAUACAUACUCAAAAAUGUUGUUUUGGGGGAAAAGCUUUCCAAAAUUCAAAGCAAAAUUCUCUGGUAUUCUAUCCUUGUCACAAAAAUUAGAAUUUUUGAAGAACAGUAUUUAAAUGGUACCAAAAUAUUUUAAUCAUGUAUUUCUUUAACAAGUGAUCAAAAAAACAGUGCCCAAACAAUUUGACAUCUGUAUUUCACACUAUGUGUGAUGUACUGAUUUUGUAAUAUUUCCAAUUUGGGAUUCUGCUUUAGGGUACUUUUUCUUCCAGCAUUUUUGCAUUUCUGUUCUGUAAAAGAUCACUUCAGGUAAACUCUGCAAAAGGCCAGUAAAUUACAUACCUGGAAAAGCAUUUCAUAUUUUAAAUCAUCCUUUUAAAACUGUUUUCCCUCCACAUUGAAUCUAUUUCAGGAUUACUAAAUAGUUAUUUCCAAAUAUAGUAGUUUAUCUUAUAAAUACUACCAUUUUAUUUUAUUUUAUUUUUUAUUUUUUUUAAAGAUUUAUUUAUUUUAUUCAGAGAGAUACUGAGAGGCAGAGACACAGGCAGAGGGAGAAGCAGGCUCCAUGCAGGGAGCCCGACAUGGGACUCUAUCCCGGGUCCCCAGGAUCACACCCCAGGCUGCAGGUGGCGCCAAACCGCUGUGCCACCAGAGCUGCCCUAGAUACUACCAUUUUAUACUACCAAUAUUUAAUAUAAGAAAACAGCCUAAUAUUAAAAAAAGUUAUUGUUUUAUAUAUAUUAGUUUGCCAGUCUUACCAUUGGAGACAGCAGUAUUUUGGCCCAGGAUUGUGAGAUAAAAUUAAAACCAUUUUGUGUCUGGACCUAUAGUAACCUGUAAUUAUAUUUAUGUUUUGAACAUUUUCUUGUACUUUAAUAUUGGUUAUCUCUAAUGCCCAAUUGUGAGUAGUUUGCAAAAUAUUCAUAAAAACGGAGGAAAAUGCAUCUUCUUUUAAGAGAAGCAAUAUUUUAUAAAUAAGAAAAAUAUAAAUAUAUCUGUAGGGAAUAUUGAGCUUAGAGCUAAAUAAAAUUGUGGAAUGGGACAUAAGCCAAUAAGAGGAUGGUUUUUAUCAUUUACAGAACAUAA